UUGAAACCGCUCCAAAGGUCCCAUUCAUCGCCUUUCGACGCGCUUUCUUACACAUGGGGCUCGCCAGCUGAUCCUGAAACUCUCCUGAUAGGAAGCCGUGAAAAGGGCAAACUUCAUAUCACGCAAAAUCUGGCCACUGCCUUACCAUACCUCAGGUUUCCUGAACGAGAACGACUAAUAUGGAUUGAUGCGAUCUGCAUCAAUCAAUCGGAUUAUGAUGAGAGAGCUUUGCAGGUACAACUUAUGCCAGAUAUAUACAAAGCAGCCGAGCAUGUUGUGUGCUGGGUUGGAAAAGAGAGUGAUAACUCAGCAAUCGCAUUUGAUGCAAUCCGUCAGUUAGAUCGCAAACUUGAUGUCAACCUCACUGAGGACACUGCAAAGCCAAGAGCUGAAGGAGACGAGCAUUGGGCGGAUAUAUCAACUCCACUACCGUUUGACGAUCGUGUAAUGCAGGCUAUCUCGGACUUGUUGGGGCGUUCUUGGUUUGAAAGGCUGUGGGUACACCAAGAAGUACGUCUGGGUAGCAAUCGUGCAGUACUGCAAUGCGGAGACCUCUCGAUCGAGUGGCACAAAGUCGUACAGGCCAACUGGAGUUUCCGCUUUAAGCCGUGGAGACACAUUGUGCCUCUGGAGUUCAGACGACGCAUGGGAAUUGUCAACCGAACCAACUUUCCGAUUGCUACAAAUAUAGGAAUAAUCAUUCGCCGCACCUGUCGCCUAAAGUGUUCAAAUCCACGGGACAGAGUUUAUGCAAUGAGAAGUACAGUACGACAGGAAGAGCAAGAUAUGCAUAUUGAUGUGAAUUACAAGCUGCCGGUUGGGAAAGUAUACCAGAGUUACGUCGAGCGAUUCAUCAGCCACUUCCAGAGCCUACGCUUGCUGCCUUUUUGUGAGCUGCAGGAUCACUCCCUAGAGAUGCCGACGUGGGUUCCGGACUGGUCUCAUCCUCCGAACACUAACUAUCCCCGUGCUGCUCGAUAUGCUUCCGGCUAUAUGAAGGCAAAUGUGCUCAGCAUCUCAGAUGAGCGUCUUGAAAUCGCCGGAAUGCAUAUUGGAACCGUCGCCCAACGGACUGUUGUCAACGCUGGCGGCACAGACGAAGCCAGCAUAGUCCAGUUCAUCAGAGACAGUGCGCCUCCCGGUAUUCUAACCAGUGUUCACCCAGGAAAUGUGCCAAUGAUCGAAGCCUUCUGCUGUACGCUUUGCUUUGACGUUUUCAGGGAACGAGCAGUACCCGAACGCGCCGUAUUUCCCUCUUUCACCUACAGUCUCAAAUUUCUCGAAAGCAUCCUGACCGCCGAUAGCGAUGCAUCGAAGCUGAACACACCUGAGACGACAACGUAUCUGAGAUAUGUAGCAGACGCAUGUAAAGGCCGCAGCAUAAUAAAAACACGUUCUGGACAUAUUGGUCUUGCACCCUCAAUAUGCGAGCCCGAGGAUCGUAUUUAUGUAUUUCCUGGCUGCCGUGAACUCAUAGCCGUCCGAAAACAUGGCUCAGAUUCGGAGUUCAGGGUUGUCGGACAUGCAUAUGUACAUGGUAUGGCUGAUGGUGAACUGAUAUUUGGACCGCUUCCGCGUCACUAUGAUGUGGUCCUUCAUUCUGAAGAGGGCGCACUGAAAGGUCUGCAGUUUCGGAAUAGUAAGGAUGGAACCCUUGAAGAACAAAACCCUCGAUUG